AUGCCCGCAGGUCCCACGUAUCGCAGCAUCUACGCCAAGGAUGCGUACGCCGACCUGGGGCUCGGGGUUGACACCAUUGCGUACCUCGACCUGACCCCAGUCAUCGACACCAUGUGGAGCCUCUUCACGGCCUCUGUGUAUAGAUUCGGCGACAACAAGUUUCUGGGGAAGCGCUCGAUCGUAGAUGGCAAGGCGGGUCCCUUUGUGUGGGACACGUAUUCUGAGGUGCACGACAAGGUGGUUCAUCUGGGAUCAGCGUACCGUGCUGCUGGGCUUGAUGCGAACGCCAAGGUGGGCAUCUACGGGAUCAACUCACCCGAAUGGUUCAUGGCCAUGGAGGCAUGCAACUGUCAGUCCAUGCAGUGCGUGCCGCUCUACGAUACACUGGGCGCCGAGGCGGUGUCUUUCAUUCUCAACCAUGCUGAAGUGGCUCUCGUGGUCGUGCAAGCAACCAAGCUACCUGCUUUGCUCAAGAGCCUGCCUAACUGCACCGAGAACGUCAAGACGGUGGUGAGCAUGGGGGACCUGGAUGCGGAUUCAGCUAAGGCGCUCACAGACAUGGGCAUUCGGGGAGUCAGCUGGGACGACUUUCUGAAAGAGGGAGAGGCGAAGCCAGUGGAGCCAUGCCCAUCCAAGCCAGAGGACAUCUGCACCAUCAUGUACACCUCAGGCACCACGGGCGAGCCCAAGGGCGUGAUGAUAACGAAUCAUGCUCUCGCCACUGCCGUGGCGGGCACCAAGCGGUUCUGCGAGGUCAACAACUGCGUGCUCACCGAAUCGGAUGUGUAUGUCUCUUACCUGCCUCUCGCGCACAUAUUCGACCGCGUGGCAGAGGAGCUCAUGACGCACGUGGGCGGCUCCAUUGGCUUCUGGCAAGGGGACGUGAGGCGGCUCACAGACGACUUGGAGGCCCUCAAGCCAACCUUCUUCUGUGGAGUGCCGCGCAUCUUCGACCGCAUCCACUCAGCCGUCAUCUCUAAGAUCGAGUCCACAGGCGGGCUCACCAAGAUGCUGUUCGACUAUGCCUACAGCAGCAAGCAAGCGCGGAUGGCAGCGGGAGUGAAGAUUCAAGACGCCACGCCCAUAUUCGAUUUCCUCGUGUUCAGCAAGAUCAAGGUACGGCUGGGCGGCAACGUGCGGAUUAUUUGCUCCGGCGCCGCCCCUCUGGCCCCUCACGUGGAGGAGUUUCUGAAGAUCGCCAUGUGCUGCCCCGUGGUGCAGGGGUAUGGUCUGACGGAGACCAACACGAGUGGUUUCAUCUCAUACGCCGAUCGCAUCGAGCAGGCCGGCACAGUGGGCCCGCCCAUGCCCACGCUCGAAACCCGCCUCGAAUCCAUCCCCGAAAUGAACUACGAUGCUAUCGGCAGCACCAAGCAGGAAGGAGAAUCCGGGGCAGGAGAAUCAGGGGAGGCCCAGGCGGCGCAGGCGCACCCCCCGCGGGGGGAGGUGUGCAUUCGCGGGCCGAUUCUCUUCUCGGGGUAUUACAAGCGGGAGGAUCUGACGAAGGAGGCGGUGGAUGCGGAGGGGUGGUUCCACACGGGCGACAUUGGGGAGUGGCAGGCGGAUGGGUCGAUGAAGAUCAUCGAUCGGAAGAAGAAUAUUUUCAAGCUGGCGCAAGGGGAGUAUGUGGCUGUGGAGAAUCUCGAGAACGUCUUUGGCAACUGCACGGCUUUGGAUAUGGUGUGGGUGUAUGGCAACAGCUUUGAAGCAGUGCUGGUGGCGGUGGUGGUGCCAAACAAGCCAGCGCUGCUCGAGUGGGCCAAGGGGGCGGGCGUGGAGGGGGAUUAUGCUGCCCUGUGCGCCACUGAGGAGGCAAAGAAGUUUAUUCUCGGGCAGCUGACCGACACGGGCAAGAAGGGCAAGCUGAAGGGCUUCGAGAUGGUGAAGGCGGUGCAUCUGGAGGCAGAGCCGUUUGACAUGGAGAGAGACCUGCUCACGCCCACGUUCAAGAAGAAGCGCCCUCAGCUGCUCAAGUACUACCAGGCACAAAUCGACGCCAUGUAUGCAGGUCUCAAGAAGUAA